ACACAAAUCUAAAAUGUUCAUCACUACAUGAAUAAUACUUGUAAUUAUCCACCCCUUUACUGACCAGAUAUCAGAACUUUGUCAGCAUGAAAGCAAAUGUUGCUAUCAUUACUCGACAACAUCCAAAAUCUGUCUUGGAUGCUUCAGCAAACCACAUAUAGUCCAUCUAACACUUCAUCACUAUGCUCAUUGCUUCCAACAUGAAGCUACCAUUCUUCACAUUUGUCUUGUUUCUCUUGUUCAUUUCUUGUCAUUCCAGUCCACAUUACUCACUCAAAAAACAAGCAUCAAUUCUGGUUUCUUUGAAACAAUCUUUUGGAGUACUCUCUAAUGAUCAACCUUCUUUGAUCACUUGGAACCUCUCGGAACACGCCUCGCUUUGUUCGAAUUGGACCGGAAUCACUUGUGAUCACACCACUUUUGCAAUAACCUCUCUUGAUAUAUCAAACUUAAACCUCUCGGGUACUCUUUCGCCUGUGCUAACUCAACUCCGGUCACUUGAAAACGUGUCGGUCGCUGGAAAUGGUUUCUCCGGUGCAUUCGCGAUACGAAUACACGAGUUGAAAAGGCUUAGGUUCCUUAACAUAUCCAACAAUAUGUUUAGUGGUGGUCUUGAGUUUGAUUUCACUAUGAUGACCAAAAUUCAAGUUCUUGAUGCUUACAACAAUAACUUUUCGGGCUCGCUUCCUUCGGGCAUGGCUCGGUUAACCUCUUUGAAUCACUUGAACCUCGGCGGGAACUACUUUUCCGGUGAAAUUCCAGCAUCCUACGGUGAUCUAAAGCUCCUCACCUUCCUCCACUUGGGUGGUAAUGACUUAAAGGGUUUCAUACCUAGCCAACUUGGAAACCUCACUAGUUUAAACCAACUUCUUUUGGGUUAUUACAAUCAGUUUGAUGGUGGAAUUCCAAAGGAGUUUGGUAAACUAGUGAACUUGGUUCAUCUUGAUCUAUCAAACUGUGGAUUACAAGGUGAAAUUCCAACUGAAUUAUGGAACUUGACAAAGUUAGACACUCUCUUCUUGCAGACUAAUCGGUUGGUGGGUUUGAUCCCUUCUGAGCUCAGCAAUCUAGUUAGUUUAGAGACUCUUGAUCUUUCCAACAAUCAGCUUGUUGGUGAGGUCCCUCCUGAGUUAUCUUCUCUCAAAGAACUCAAGAUCUUGAAUCUUUUUAUGAAUAAAUUGCAUGGAGAUGUCUCCAUGUUUGUCGCAGAGUUACCACAGUUGGAAAUUCUUAAUCUUUGGGAUAAUAACUUCACAGGUACCAUUCCUCCGAAGCUGGGGACGAAUGGUAAACUCAAACAGCUUGAUCUUUCAACAAACAAACUCACCGGAGUCAUACCCAAGUUUCUUUGCUUCGGACAAAAGCUAGAAACUUUAAUCCUUUUCGAUAACUUUCUUUUCGGGCCAUUACCAGAUGAUCUUGGCAAGUGCAAGUCACUCAGUCGAGUCCGAAUGGGCCAGAAUUAUCUAAGCGGAUCACUACCAAACGGGUUCUUAUACUUGCCAACGUUGUCACUUGUUGAGUUACAAAACAACUAUUUGGCUGGACAGUUGCAAGCAUCAAACUCAAACCCUUCCAAGUUUCUAGCUCAGCUGAAUCUUUCAAACAACCGCUUCUCAGGCUCUCUUCCAGCCUCCAUUGGAAACUUCUCAGGGCUCAAGAUUCUUCUACUGAAUGGUAACAAGCUCUCCGGUGUAGUUCCACCGGAGAUAGGAGGUUUAAAGAGUGUAUUAAAGCUGGAUUUGAGUCGAAACAAUUUCUCCGGCGGCAUCCCGCCGGAGAUCUCUCAUUGUUCUUCACUAACCUACUUGGAUCUCAGCAGAAAUGAAUUCACAGGUCCAAUCCCGUCUCAGUUAUCACAACUACACAUACUAAAUUACCUCAAUGUCUCAUGGAACCACUUGAAUCAAACCCUACCUUUAGAAGUUGGCUCCAUGAAGAGCCUCACAUCUGCUGAUUUCAGUUACAAUAGCUUAUCUGGUUCCAUACCUGAAAGUGGACAAUAUUCAUUAUUCAAGGCCAACAGUUUUGAGGGUAACCCUAAUCUUUGUGGACAGUUUUUGAAGCACCCAUGCAACCAAUCAUCUUCCACAUUGCCUCUACAAAUCAACCAACAGCUUGACAACAAAACUACAAAGGUUCCUGCAAGAUAUAAGUUCAUUUUCGCGUUAGGAUUGUUAGUUUGUUCACUGGCAUUCGCCGUACUAGCAGUUAUCAAGACGCGAAAAAUGCGAUCAACGCAUAGUUCUAAAUCAAAAUGGAAGCUCACAGCCUUUCAAAAGCUAGAAUUUGGAAGCCAUGAUAUUCUAGAAUGCUUGAAGGAUAAUAACAUAAUCGGGCAAGGUGGCGCAGGGAUUGUUUAUGGCGGGACAAUGCCGAAUGGCGAGCAAGUUGCAAUAAAGAAACUUGGAACAAGUAAAAAUGGCGGUUCACACGAUAGUGGUUUAUCGGCAGAGAUACAAACAUUAGGAAGAAUCAGGCAUCGGUAUAUUGUGCGCUUAAUCGCGCUUUGUUCGAAUAAGGAGACCAAUUUGUUGGUUUAUGAGUACAUGCCGAAUGGGAGUUUAGGUGAGUUGCUUCAUGGGAAGAAAGGUGGUUGUGUUCUUAAAUGGGACACAAGACUUAAAAUAGCUAUAGAGGCAGCAAAGGGUCUUUGUUACUUGCAUCAUGAUUGUUCACCUCUUAUUAUUCAUCGUGAUGUUAAAUCCAACAACAUCUUACUGAGUUCAGAUUUCGAAGCACAUGUUGCGGAUUUUGGGCUUGCAAAGUUCUUGCAAGAUGGUGGUGCAUCGGAGUGUAUGUCUGCUAUUGCAGGAUCAUAUGGCUACAUUGCCCCAGAAUAUGCGUAUACAUUGAAGAUUGACGAGAAAAGUGAUGUUUAUAGUUAUGGAGUAGUAUUAUUGGAGCUGAUCACCGGAAGAAAACCAGUUGGGGACUUUGGGGAAGAUGGAUUAGACAUCGUUAGAUGGUCGAAAAUGCAAACGAAUGGGUCGAAAGAAGGAGUGGCGAAGAUUUUGGAUGAGCGGCUUAAAAAGGUACCAAUUGAUGAAGUGAAGCAAGUGUUCUUCGUCGCGAUGUUGUGUGUACAAGAACACAAUGUUGAGAGACCUACCAUGAGAGAGGUGGUGCAGAUGCUUGCACAAGCAAAACAGCCCAAUACAUUCCACAUUCAUUAAUGUUGUGUGUGUUUGAUAGAUUUGGAGUGGAGUGUGUAACUGUUGAUUAUAUAUAAUGAAAUGAACCAGGUGUUAAUGAAAAAUAAAACUGAAUAUAUCGCUA